AUGGGUAUAACAAAGCAAUAUCUUCGUUAUUCAUUGUCUGGUGUGUGUAAUAUCAUAGGAUCUAACAAUGGAAUGUUGGCAGCAGUGAACGGUAAUGUAUGUGCAGUUUCUGCUUGCGAAAAUAUUAAAGAACUAAAGAAUUCUGAGAAGGCAGUCACAGCCAUUAAAUUCAGCCAUGAUAAACGCUAUCUCGCUGUUGGAUAUUCUGACGGUACCUUGAAACUCUUUGACAGAUCUAGCGAAGACGAUUCUCCAUUUGUCACAUUUGUCGGCCACAAAACUGGAGUCAACUGUCUAGCAUUUAGCCUAGAUGGUCUAAUGUUGGCAUCUGGCGGCAAAGACUCAGUAAUAAUUGUUUGGGAUAUAGUUAACGAGUGUGGAAUGUUUCGAUUGAACGGUCAUAAAGCUUCUGUUACUCAUCUGCAGUUUUCCGCAGACGGCAAUUUUCUUAUCAGCAGUUCAAAAGAUUCCUUUGUCAAGUUCUGGAAUCUGUCUUCACAAAGUUGCUUUUAUACUUUAACAGAAAGUCGUUCAGAGGUUUAUACAUUCGCUCUCUUAGACUCUGAUAAUCUUCUUUUAUUGGGAACUGCUUCGCUUGAAAUCCUGGUUUUUCAAUUGCAUUGGUUUGAUAGAGAAGAACUAGAUGUGGGAGAAGACGAAAGAAGCAACAAAUUCUCAAAACUUUCAGAAGGAGAUUAUGAGGACGAGACUCAGUCAAAUAGAAUCAUGUUGUGUAAGAAGCGUGGUGAACUAUUACGGCAUUCAAAAGGUCGUGCAUUACAGUUUUCAGUCAGUCCAGAUAAGAGGAUAUUAAUUUGUGUGGGGUCUUCUGAAAUGGUUGACAUUUUUCGUUUGUAUAACGCGGAGGAAAGACAGAAGAGGGUUGCAAAGAAGAUCAAGAAAGCUGUGAAAAGGAAGGAAGAGAGUGGCAGCUCUGAAAAUGUGUCGCCUACAGAAAUCGCGAAGGAUGUUACUGUGCUCGUAUCUCACAUAGGAAAGCAUCAGUUUGAUAGUAAAGUAAAAUGGAUUGAUUUUUGUCCAAGCGUUCAGAAUAGUGGGCAUAAUUUGUUGACCUAUAAGUUUUUUUCUCUUCUGACGAGUAACACCGUGAAUAGUACAUCUCUUGAGGUGGAUUUGAAAUUGAAUAUCGUGGAGUGCAAAACAGUUGCGUCACUUGACCAGCUCGGUCAUAGAAGCGACGUUCGUUGUUUAGCGAAUGCUGAGAGUGACUUUGGGUUUGCAUCAGGAAGUUCCGAAUCCGUCCUUGUUUGGAGCAGACACAGCCUCAGUGUCGUCCAUGUCUGUGAAACAGAAGAAAUGAAGAACGUCACAGCAUUGCUGUUUUUACCCGGCGACCGGCAUAUUCUAGCUGGGACUAAGGACGGUAACAUGUUUCUUUUUGAAUUAGCAAGUAAUGAAUUGGUUCAAACUUAUAAGAAGGUUCAUUCAGCUGCAAUUUGGAAACUAAUAAACUCUCCUGAUAAGAAGGGCUGUAUAUCUUGCGGUGCCGACAAGCAUAUUCGUUAUUGGGAUUACAUCCUUGAACCUGAGAAGUACUUGAUCACUUUUAAUGAUGAUCUAAACUUGUCAGUUUGCAGAAAACGUGCUGCUAUUCGAGAGCGCAGGGAAUUAGAGCUUCCAGAUGAGGUUCUGUCUAUUGCUUCGAGUAGCGACUCUCGUUUUAUAUCAGCAGCUUUGCUGGAUAACACUGCCAGAAUUUAUUUUGUAGAUUCCUUCAAGCUUUCGUUUACAUUAUAUGGUCACUCGCUUCCUGUGACAACCAUCGAUUUCUCUCCUGAUUCUAAACUUGUAGUAACUGGUUCUGCUGAUAAAAGUGUUAGAAUAUGGGGCGCUGAUUAUGGAGACUGUCAUAAACAUAUGCAUGCUCAUGACGACAUCAUUACGAUGUUUAGAGUUACUUGUGUCCAAUUUGUCCCAAAUGAACCGUUGUUCUGGAGUGCAGGAAAGGAUGGUCUUUUGAAACAGUGGGACGCUGUGAAGUUUUAUCGCAUUCAAGUCUUAGAACUUCAUUUUGCUGCAAUUUGGUCAAUUUCACAAACUGCGAGCGGUAACUUCUUGAUUUCUUCUUCUCAUGAUAAAUCUAUUCGAGUCUGGGAAUUGACAGAGGAGAUAAUAGUUUUACAAGAAGAAGAAGAAUUGGAGCGCGAGAAGCAGCGAGAAGAACGUCUAACAUCUUUGGAGGACGUUAUUCCAGGUGAAGAAGGAUCUGAAAAUGAAACAGGACUUGCAGCAAAAAAAAGCAUGGCUAGCAUCAAAUCUGCUGAAGAUUUAAUUGAAGCGGUUGAAAUCGCGCGAAAAGAAGUUUUCAAAAGGAUUGACGAACCGAAGAGCGCACCACAUCCGCUAAUCACUUAUUUGAAGAGCAGUUCUCUAGAACAUUUCAUUUUGGAUGUAAUCGAUCGUAUACCAUCCAGCCAUCUUGAAAACAGUUUACUGAUGGUGCCUUUUACAUUUGUUCCGGAUAUCCUUCGCGCAAUCAACGUCUGCACUACGAAGCGCUACAAACUGGAACUUGCCUCAAAAGUUGCUCUUUUUCUGAUAAAGAUUCAUUUUAAUUACAUAACAAAUUCUUUUGACAUGGUGCAGAUAAUAGAUGCCUUACGUUCUUCGCUGCGAAAUGAAAUCAAGGAGUUGCGGGGUACUGUGGCUUUUAACCUUGCGGGUCUUCGUCUUCUGCAAAAAGAAAUAGAAGAUUCAACUGAAUCAAAAAUGUUCACAGAUAUAUCCAAAUUUGCAAAGAAGUCGAAGAAAAAACUUCGAAAAGCUGUUAUUCGAACUGUGGUCUAA